CUAGCGGCGGCGGGGCUCGGGUGGGUUGUAGGAACGGAGCAGAACAGAGCAGUGCGCGGGAUGGAAGAACAGGAGAUGUGGCGUGGGGAAGUCUCGGGAGGAAAAGAACGAACCGUUUUUUGUGUAACCAGUGGCAUUGGUGGGUAAUUACCUACCAACUCCACAAGGAGGUUCAUAUUGGCUGGUUUUGGAGCUGCAAAAGAGGUGCUCCAAAACUCCACCCCCAUUUGCACUACAGCUCCAUGGAGUUUUGGAGCUGGGAUGUUUGGCUGGAUUUUUUGCAGGAGUUCUGGAGUGGAGCCAUGCCAAACAGGCCCAUGGUGCUUGAUUAGACGGGAUUUCUGAUCCACCUUUUGGCAAUAGCUAAUAUUUUUUGUUUGCUUCAACGUUGCAUAAUUGUUCCCUUGAUUUUUUUUAGAAAACUGAUGGUACUAUAAUGUUACUCUCAUCAUAUUUCCAAACUGAAUUUGAUAAACAAGAUUGUUAAGUCUUGGAGUGCCUCCUAUGGCUAUGGGUUACCAUUAGGCAUUAGCACCACUUCUGCAUGAGACAAUGAACAAGCAACAUCAACUAUAUUCAAGGAUGUUAGGGAAUUAUGAUAAGCUUAUAUCAUUAUCUUUUGAAACAAAAGUAUCAUAUCUUGCAAACUCCUGUGUGGACACACAGAUAUGUAUAUGAUGUUUGGGGUUCUUGUGUGCUGAUCUUGGCUAAUAAAUAUUGAAAAAUUGCUAACAGAGUUGAAAACAGACAAUGGUAGCUUGAAAAUCUGUCUGCGAAGUAUAUAUUUGUUCUAGGAAGUAUUUACGUUUUGUGAUAAUAUAUGAUCCCUAAUUCCAUAUAACCAUGUUAGUGGCGGAGGCACUUGAAACCUCACAUGCCUGUCUGAAACAACCUAUAUGCAGCUUGUCCUUUCUCACUGUAGUAGAAUAAUUUUACUGAUUGUCCAGAUCUGAAUAAGAUGCCUCAGCUCCUAGUUGAGUAGAAACUCUUAAUUUGGUUGCAAAGAGUUAGAGAAAUUGACAGCGCAGCAUUUCAGAAAGCUGUCCUGCCAAUAGUUCACUUCAAAGUUUCAAGAGUCUUCUGAUCUCAGAAAUUGCACUUGUAUGUGCAACUGUGCUUAUGGAAUGUGAAGGUCCUCAUAGGCAUCUCUUGCCUGGAUGAUGGUCAACUAUCCAAAAACUGGCCACAGUUGGAGCAGAUAUCUGACCUUAUUUUUCGUAUAGUAGUGUGUUGCUUGCUUACUGGUCAACUUGUCGCAAGAAUGCUGUGGUUGUGUUUUAUUACUCCUAUCACUCUCAAGUCUGAACCUCCACCUAUCCAUGUAUGUGCCAAUAUGAAAUAGCAACGCUAUGUAAUCACUGUUGCAUUGUUUGAUUUAAAAAAAGUCUUUCAGCAAGCUGUUAUGUCAGCGAAAACAUUUCAAAGUCGUUGAUGCAUUGCUUUGAUUAUGCUUGUCGUUUCCUUUUCUUUUUUUUUGGAAGAUCUACGCUUGUCAUUUUCAAUAGCUAUGAUUUUCCUUGCUUAAUGUUUGUGAUGAAUGGAAGUGUAGCCUGAAGCAUGGAUGGCGCCAAUAUUGCCGUUCACUUGUGAUGUCUGAUCAUCUGGGUCAGUAACUGGAGUGUUUGUAUCGUUUGUGGUUUAUGUUAUGCACUGGGUGUCGAAUGAAUGGGCGAUCUUGGUGACCUGGUGAUUGUAGAUGUCUGUCUAUGCCUUUAUUGCAGAAUAGACGAAUAGGGUGAUCAUGCACUUUGUGAUUGCUUGGUGUUAUUUUUAUGGGUAAUGAAGUGAAGGCCCGAUAUGCAGUAUUGUAUAUACUAUAUAUAGAGUAGUAUUAUUUUGACUUGAGUGGGUUGGAAACAAAAGGAGUUGAUAGAUUAAUGAUCCAUAGCUAAGAAGUUGGUAUGUGCUGACGCCAUUGCUUAUAUGUUUUUGUCUGCAAUACUAGGCAUGUUCGUGCGUUGUUUGUGCAUAAUCUUUGGCUGGCAAGACAUUGUCACAUUAUUAUUGAUUGACAGGUGGAUUUGUGAUGUGUUGUGUGUGCUAGCGUGGUGUAUAACAGAAUCUUUACACGACUGACUAGUAGCAUGCUGGACUUGCGGCCUGCUGGUCGCUGGCCAUGUUUCUGUUUUGGAUUCUGGCCGUUGAUUCUGCAUGUAACUUGAUACGAGAUUCGUAUUAGCGUUGACCACUGCGUUCAUCUGCAUGCAUUAUCCAAACUCUGUGGCCUUGUGUGGGUAAGCACUAAGCACGACAAUCAUUUCGAGAAGCUGUAUUUGCCAGGAUAAGAGCAUGCAGAGAAUGGUGUGCUAGUGCAGAGCGGAUGAAAGCAAAUCAAACCGAACCGGAGGUGAUAAUCUAAGCCGAAAUGACUCGGCACAGGAUUCUUUCUGAUCAGCAGCUGAUGUCCGAUUUGGCCACUUGAUUCCGUCCUUCUCCCAUUGUCAUUGUGUUACAUGUACUUUUGAGGCUUGACUGACUCUUUCCCCCCGUCUCGCCAUUCGCAGAGGAGACUUGGGUGUCACACAUCAAAAGCCUUUGGUUGGUGGUUUUGGUGGGCGCCUGCGUUGCAUUGGUUCUCACGAGACAAAGGCGCUAUCGACGACAGAAGAUGGCACAAAACAAACCAGAGUGGGCUUCCAACUCAACUGAUUUUAAAAAUGGGAGCCGUCGGUGGCACGACGUGCAGUGCAGGUCGUCGCUUGCUCGCUUCUCUGAUUUGUAAUCAACAUGCCGUGGAGCAGUAAAGCAUUUUACGUACUCCUCCACCACCACUAGGCUCUAGGCUAGCGCUGCAGGUCGGCCCGGAACCUGAGCUGACGAUCGUAGACAGCAACCUGCCUCUGCCUGACCCGCCAGUUUGCAGCUGCUGAUUCUCCAUCAAUUUCUACGUUGAUUAAUGAAUUGAGCCUGGAACUUGGCUUUACCGGUUGGUUGGAAUGGCGGAGAGGAAACAAGAGAACAAAAUGGGCAUCUGAAGCCGCCGGUGAUCCUCUGAUCGUCUUCUUCUCUCGACCUCAGUGCCGUACGCUUCUUCUAUCUGCAGGUUCCAAAGUCCAAAGUGAAAACUGGGUGAGGUCAAGAGCGGAAUCUUGGAUCCAGUCGCACGGAAUCUGCAGUACGCAAUGAGAGUUUUUGGCCUUUGCUGUCUUCCGCCGGGUUAAUUUUCUUGGGAUGAUGAGAUGCGCAGCGUGCAUUCAGGUCUGGUCUAUGGUCUUGGCUGCGCAUGACUUUGGGCGGCCGGCAGCCAGGUUAGGUUAGUAAUAAUUUGGUCAUCUGAAGAUGGUGUGAUAGUCUUCUUUAUAAAUUUAAUUGAAUUCAAGAUAGUUUGAAUUAGAACAAUGAUGCAGGAUUUAUGAUAUUCAAAUCAAACCUAAAGAACGAGUCGCUGUCAAGAAUAAUCUCAAACGAGUAGGAGUACUAGGCACUGGAUUGUGGGGCUGCGGUAAAGGAGGCGGGUCCCUCCGAUUCUCAUUGUCCGUCCAAUCUCCGGUAGUCGCGGAAAGGAGAAAGGUGCUCUGCUCCCCCUGCCCUGCCGGCGGAGACCAACCGCCCGAUCCUCCAGCGCCGCAUCACCUCCGUCCAGCCGGAAAGUUUUGGAAUCGGAUGAGGACCCCACGCGGCGACUCCUGGCUUGCCGCCGGCACCCACGACCACGAAGCACAAGCAGCAGGCGCCAAAAACAAAUGAUCAAUUUCCUUCUCCUACGGCACGCCCACAGAGCAUCAUCCCCCUCGCCUCCUCUGUUCAGCUCGCUCUCCUCGUCUCUGCUCCUCGCCUCCGCCUUUUGGAUUGGAGUUGGACCCUGCAUCGCCGGCGACAUCACCGCCAAAUACCAAACUGCCCCUACCCCCCGCCCUCUAUAAAUACGGAGCCGGCGUCUUCCGUCACAAGAUUCUGCCAAAAGAUCCCCUCGGAAUCCCCCGCCCGCCCAUUUCGCCGUCGCCAUCCCCCGGUCUCUCUUUGUCGCCGCCGCGGCAUCCUCCGCCCCUGAACGCUAGGCCUUGCUGCCGGACGUCGCUAUGACCGAGCCGUAGGCGGCACCUCGGCGCCGCGGGAGACGAUGGAGAACGAUGGCAUCGAGGAGGGCGUGGGCGAAAGCUCCUGGCCUGCCACCGCCGCCGCCGCCGACCGAGGAGCCACCUCGGCCGGCGGCGGCGGCGUCGGGUACACUGACAUCCGGAAGGAGAUCUUCGAUCGUCUCAUGGCCAUGGGAAUCGAAGAGGUCGUCUCAGACCCGCCGGCCUUCCGCGAACAGCUCGACCGCCACUUUGAGCGGCUGCCGGCGAGCUACUCCAUCGAUUUGGACGUCGAGAAGGCGGAGGACGUGUUGCUGCACCGCAGGAUUCUCGACGAGUGCGCCGACCCUGACAAGCGCCCCGUCUUCCAUGUCCGCUUCGUGAGGUGCGUGGAGGCCCCGGUGGAUUCAGAAGACAAGGCACAGGGCCCUUCUACGAGGGAAUACGGUAAUAGUGGGGGCUCUCUCACUUCCACUUUGAGAGAGAUUGAAUUUAAAGGAUCUGAACCAUGCGAAAGGAUGAUGGAGGACCUGAGUUUGGAGAGAAGAAAAGUUGUGGAUGACUCUGAGGCCAGUUCUGCGAGGAGAGACGUAGGAAUUCUCCAUGUUCAUGAAAUUAUUUUUUCUACCAUUGACAAGACAAAGCUCCUCGCUCAGUUAUCUUCUUUGCUGUCUGAAGUUGGACUGAACAUUCGUGAAGCUCAUGUUUUCUCAACAACCGAUGGCUUUUGUUUGGAUGUAUUUGUUGUUGAUGGUUGGGAAACAGAGGACACGGAUGGUUUGCUACAGAGUCUCAAGGAGACAGCGGCACGCAAUCAUGCCUCAUUAUCAAACCCAACAAAUUCUGCAGCCUCGGAAAGAAUACUAGAGCUGCAAGAGAAGAUUGGUGAUUCGAAUGUUGACAGGAGUUUGCUGCAGAUUGGGGAGAAGAUUGCAUCUGGAUCUUCCGGAGACUUAUUCCGAGGAACUUAUCAUGGUAUGGAUGUCGCAAUAAAGUUCCUUAGAGCUGAACAUGUUAAUGACUCUUCAAAAUUGGAGUUUUUACAAGAAGUAACGAUUCUAAAGAGUGUCAAUCAUGAUAAUGUUGUUCGGUUCUACGGGGCAUGCACAAAGCAGAGAAAAUAUGUCAUUGUAACAGAGUAUAUGCCUGGAGGUAAUUUAUAUGACUUUCUUCACAAGCAAAAAAACACUGUGGAUCUCACAAUGGUUCUUAGGAUUGCUAUCGGCAUCUCAAGGGGGAUGGAUUAUUUGCACCAAAACAAUAUUGUCCAUAGAGACUUGAAGACUGCCAAUUUGCUGAUGGGCUCUGAUCAUGUUGUGAAGAUUGCAGACUUUGGAGUCUCAAGGAAUCCACCUCAAGAGGGAGACAUGACUGCUGAAACUGGCACCUACAGAUGGAUGGCACCUGAGGUAAUAAACCACAAGCCCUAUGAUCAUAGGGCAGAUGUCUUCAGCUUUGCUGUCGUUCUCUGGGAGCUGGUCACUUCAAAGAUGCCAUACGAAAAUCUGACACCCCUGCAAGCUGCACUUGGAGUGAGGCAGGGAAUGCGGUUGGAGAUCCCCUCAUGGGUGCAUCCGCAACUGUCUAAACUGAUUCAGCAGUGCUGGGAUGAAAAUCCUAACGUGCGUCCCUCAUUCGCUGAGAUCACCGCAGAACUGGAAGACAUGUUACGGCAUCUUCAGGGCUCCAAGGGAAGCAACCGUCAUUCCAAAGGAAAGGUGCACAAGAAAUCACAGGGAUAGGUAGAAUAACAAGGUUCUCAGAAACAGCUUAGAGGAGCUUAAGGGGCCGUUUGGUUCCCUUUGCUUAUUUUUAGCACCUGUCACAUCAAAUGUUUAGAUACUAAUUAGAAGUAUUAAACGUAGACUAUUUACAAAACCCAUUACACAGAUGGAGGCUAAAUGGCGAGACGAAUCUAUUAAGCCUAAUUAGCCUCUAUCUGUAUAAUGAGUUUUGUAAAUAGUCUACGUUUAAUACUCCUAAUUAGUAUCUAAACAUUCGAUGUGAUAGGUGCUAAACACCGUCCAUGUUAUGAGGCUACUACGCUUAGGGGUUGUAAAGGGCCCUCUAAUUUAGCCUAGCAAAUUUAAGGAUCGGACUCAAUAAGAGCUGGAACAUAAUAUUAUAUGAUUUUGAACUAAAAAUAGAUAGGACUGAGUUGGAAGGGUCAUGAUUCAUUACCACCCCUAACUACACUAUGCUACGGUUGGUUGUUACGAAGAUGCUGCUAGUACAGAAUGUUUUGUAUAUAUGUAUAUGUGUGGGGUUGCUUGCUUUUGCC